AUGCACAGGGAAGACAAUACCCACUUGACCCUUCAAUGUCUCAGCCUAUCCCUCUCACCACUCAAAUCCUUCCUAGAAGAAGUCCGUGCCUAUUCUUGCAAGGCAUCCGAAUCCACCAUCUCAAUUUACCGCCCCCAACCCUUCUAUCGGGAUAUCCGCUGGAUGCCCAUCGCGACUCGCCCACUCCGAGAUAUCUCCACCAUCAUCCUGAACGAGAACAAGAAACAAAGGAUCCUCCAGGAUAUAUCCGAAUACCUACACCCCAAAACCAGACAAUGGUACGCCAGUCACGGUAUCCCUUAUCGACGCGGAUACCUCUUUUCCGGACCUCCAGGCACAGGUAAGACCAGCCUUGCGUCCGCCCUCGCCGGAGUCUUCGGUCUAGACAUCUACGUCCUAAGCUUGCGAGAUCCAACGAUGGAGGAGCCAGAAUUUAUCCGCAUGUUUUCGGCUGUCCCGAGGCAGUGUGUCGUGUUGUUGGAAGAUGUUGACGCCGCAGGACUGAACAGAAAUGAACCCAUGGUCCCUACUACCACCAACACAAGUGAUAGUACCUACCUUAAUAAUACCCCAAAAACACUAGGACAACCGAAAGCCCCAGAACCUGUUCCAUAUACGGCAAACGCGUCCGCAAUCUCCCUAUCUGGUUUACUCAACGCAAUCGACGGCAUCUCUUCCCACGAGGGCCGCAUUCUGAUCAUGACAACCAACGCGCCGCAGCAACUAGACCGCGCAUUGAUCCGCCCGGGACGCGUGGACUUGCAUAUACGAUUCGAGCUUCCGUCUCGUGAGGAUCUGAAGAAUUUGUUCUUAAGUUUAUACAGUUGUGACCGUCAGGGUGAUCAAGAAAAGCCAGAGUUCGAGAAUGAGAAAGAAAAAUUGGAAGCCCUUGCGGAGCAGUUUUCGAAAAGUCUGCCUGAGGGUCGGUUCAGUAUUGCUGAUGUUCAGGGGUUUCUGUUGCAGUAUAAACGGGAGCCUAAAAAGGCGUGUGAGAACGUUGUUGGUUGGGUUGAGGAAGAAGUGGGUGUCGAGGGUGAACGAACUACUAAUACUGAGUAG